AUGAAUAAUUUCAAAAUAACUAAUUUAAAGUUUCCAGGAAACGAUAACGAUGCCGUGAACAAGAAAUAUUUACUGGAUCAAAUAAACGCAAUUCAAAUAGAUAAGGACCAUGUUGAAAAUAGAAUAAAUGACGUGAAAAGAUACAUCAGACGAAAUAUUAAAAAUCUUGUGGACGAACCCAAACUACAACAAGAGUUAACGAGUUUGAAACGUCUUAUUCAAGUGGAUAAAACAAGUCAGUUGCAAAAUUUAAUAUCUAAAUUAGACGAUAAGAUUACGAAGGUAAAAAUAGAUGUCCAACUUUUAAUAGAUAACCCAAAUGUAAACGAGGAUAGAUUGAAACGAAAACUAACCGCUUUGGAAAGAAAACUUGACGGAUUGCUAGCAGAACUAGACAAGACCGAGGACAAAACCGAGUUACAAAAUUCGAUAUCCAAUUUGAACGAAAAGAUCGCGAAGCAAAAAUCAGAUGUUCAAGAUAUAAUUAACACACUUCCCAUUGACAAAGAUACGUUGAAACAACAAUUGACUGCUUUGGAUACUAAAAUCACGGACGAAUUAGAAAAAGAAGUGGGUGUGAUUAAAAACUUUCUUCAAAAUAAAUUUCGAGAUGAUAUGAAAAAUUAUAUUAAAGAACAGGUCAAUCUUUUGGUAUCUAGAAUUCAUGACGAUUUUUUGAGACAAGAGAGAAAGUUGACCAAAUUAGAAGCUAUUGUCAUGGACAAAUCGUAUUAUUUCAAUCUUCCAUUCGAAAGUAACACUGUCUUCGAUAGAAAAGACCAAAUUUAUAAAUCAAACAAAUACGGAUUCAAAGUAGAAAUAAAAGUGGGUUCUCUCGUAUACGGAGAACCUAAAAACGUAUUCGAUAUCGGCGAAACGGAAGAGUUUUCUUUUCGAGGUAAUUGUCUGAUUCAAAUAGAGUUUCCCAUGAAGGUUAAAGUCAAUAAAGUAGUCUUCAAACAAACCGGUAGGACCAUCGCCCAUAUUUCAUUAUUCAAUGAAGGUAAUUUGGAAGAGAAUAUACGUUUGUUUGAUAAAAGAAAUCAUGAAAUUGAAACGAAAAAUGGUAAAUAUGUAGACACCUUUAAAUUGGAAGUAGAAAAUUUUAAGGGUAUCAUUGGAAUCAAAGAUUUGGAUAUGAUAUUGGAGACGGAAAAUCCACCAUUAGCCAACAUUGUCAAAAUUCCACCAUCACUUAUAAUACCCGCUGCAUUAACAGCCGUUCAAACGACUUCUUGCGGUCUCAUCACUUUAGGUUUCACGAGCAAAAAGAAAGCUCAUUAUAAAAAGAAAACGGAUAUCUUGAAUAUGUAUCCUAAUCAAUUGUACAUCUUUUUCGAAAGAUCGAGAGAAGACAAGAACAUAACAGUUGAAGAAUUACAAGAAUUCAAUGAAAUUUUGGACAAAUUCCAUACAGAAAUAUCAGCGUCAAAAUAA